AUGCCUGCCCCUUUCCGCGCCAUCAUCGUCGGCGGCGGUCCCAUCGGCCUCGUUGCCGCCCAUAUGCUGUCCCGAUCCCACAUCGAUUUCAUUCUGCUUGAAAAACAAGAUACGCUCUUCGCUGACCGCGGCGCCAGCAUUGGGGUUUAUCCGCAGACUUUCCGGGUGCUCGACCAGCUGGGACUGCUGGACUCGCUACGGGAGAUAUGGAGUCCGCUGAAAGACAAGUGCUUUGUCACGCAUGGCGGUAAAGUCUAUCGCGAGCAUCCGCGGUUUUCUUGGAUGGAGGAGAACCAUGGCCAUCCGUUCGCCAUGUUCCAUCGCGCCGAACUGCUGCGGGUGCUGUAUGAAUGUUUUCCCGAGGAAGAGAAGAAACAUGUCCUGACCAACAAGCGACUCGUGAAUGUGACGACACAACCUGGGCGUGUCACGGUACAGUGUGAUGACGGCUCGAUUGAGUCAGGAUCGAUGGUCAUAGCAGCGGAUGGAGCUCACAGUGUAGUCCGGUCGUGUAUGCGCCGUCUUGCGGGGGCUUCUUCGCCACAUGCGCCUUUGAACAAGGUGAAGCCAUAUGUAACGAAGUAUAGACUGCUAUACGGUACUGCAAGCCUCAUGCCUGGAAUGCCGGCAGGGUCCAGUUGGGAUGCCCAUGGUGUUGGGAUGUCAACGCAGCUGUUCGUUGGCCGCGAUAAGGCGUGGUUCUUCUGGUACGAACCGCUGGAGUCGACAACCCAGGAGCGAGUCACUUACACCCGAGAGGACGAGAAAAGAUUCGUUAAGAAGUGGGGCCAUGUACACAUAACCGACAAGAUCGUCUUGACAGACCUGUAUUCGGCACGUUAUUCCUCAGGCAUGACGAUUCUGGAGGAAGGGAUCGUUGAGCAUUGGAGCUGGGACCGCAUAGUACUCGUUGGGGACGCUGUAGUCAAGACGACCACCAACCUGGGGUUUGGCUUCAACGGCGGCAUCCAGGGGCUCGUUACGCUUAUGAAAGGUCUGAAUAGGCUUGUAAGAAAGCAACGUGGGGGAGAUUCCAUUGCUGGGGAUUUUGAUUUGGUAUUCCAGGAAUACGCAGCAAAGUCGAUACCUCUCUCGGCCAGGUUUGUGGCCGUAUCUAGUCGUGCACUUAGAGAGAGCACUUGGUCCACUUGGAAACAUUGGCUCAUGGAUAGGUAUGUGAAGGGAGCAAUUGAUGCAGACCGGAAGAUGUACCAUAAGAUCGGAUCUCUAAUCAGCCAAGGACUCGUGCUAGAGUUUUGGGGGGAGAGGAACCUGCCUCCUGGCAGGAUGGCUUGGUUGCAUUUCCCAGAUCAAGCGGCAUGCAUAGGAGAUGUCUCAUAG